UUGCUAUCGGAAAAAUGGCGGCAGCACUGCUGCAGGAGCUGGAGGAGUCCGAGCUAAUUAAACUACCCAAAAUACUACAAAACAAAUUCGAGAAAUUUUUUUCAGAGCAGCAAUAUGAAGUUGAUGUCCUGAAGGCUCAACUGGAACAGUUUAGAGUUGACAGCGAGCAACACUUCUUUGAGAAAGCAAAAGAACUCGAGCAAUGCCAGGAAGACUUUUUGUCCCAGACUAAAGAACAUCUAAAACUGAAAGAUGAAAUCGCACAGUUGGAGAAGGAACUUCAGAGUGUGCGUGAGAAGAACAAAGAAUAUGAAACCACCCAAGAGAAUUUGUCUUCAGAACAGGCUGUGCUGUCAAAAGCCAAGGAGGAUCUUGAAACCGAAAAGCGAGAGCUUGUUCGAGCACUUGAGAGGAGGUCCUUGGAAGUAGAGCAUUUAAAUGAUGACGUGAAGCAACUCAAUGAUAAGUUGGUGGAUAUAAGCACCUCUAAGAUUGGUCUGCAGAUGAAACUAGAUGAUCUUGAGGAAGCCGAAGUCAACAUUAAAUACAAGGAGAAACGUAUGGAACAAGAGAAGGAGCUGUUACAGAGUCAGAUUACUUGGCUGAAUGAAGAGCUGAAGGCCAAGAGUGAUGAACUGCUGUCCCUGUCCCGGCAAAAGGGUAACGAGAUCCUGGAACUAAAAUGCAACUUGGACAGUAAAGAAGAUGAGUUGAACAGAUUUCAAGAUCAAGUGUCCACUUUAAAGUCUUCAAAUGAACACCUUCAGAAAUACAAUGAGGACAUGAUCAGCGAGCUGAAAGAAGCAAAGGAACAACAAGCCACUAUGAAGGAAAAAUUCAGAAAUGAAUUGAAUGCCAACAUCAAGCUUUGCAAUUUAUAUAAGGCAGCAGCUGCAGAUUCUGAAGCAAAGAGUAAUGAGCUGAGUCGGGCAGUGGAUGACCUGCACAAGUUGCUGAAGGAUGCUGGAGAAGCUAGCAAGGGUCUUGAGGAGAAGCUGCAGGAGAUGGAUACUGCCAAAGAAAACACAGUUGCUGAACUAAAGGAGAGGAUCCAGAGUCUUGAGAAAGAAUUAGAAAAUGCCAAUGAACUCCUGUCAAAUUCUAAACUCAGAGGCCCUAUUGGUGAAUCCUCUGUGCUAAGAGAUGAACAAAUGACGACUAUGUCUCCAACAGCAGCAGCUGUAGCCAAGAUUAAGCCUGACAUGAGGCUGACUGAGCUCUAUACAGCAUAUGUAGAGAGCCAGGAACAGUUACAGCUGGAGCGACUGGAGAACAAGCGAGUCAACAGGUACUUGGAUGACAUAGUGCACGAAGUGGAAGCAAAAGCACCUGUCCUCAAACGCCAAAGAGACGAGUACGAACGCAUGCAGAAGUCAGUGGCAAGUCUUUCUGGCAAGUUGGAAGAGGCUGUUCAGGAAAGGCACCGUCUACAGAAAGAAGCAGAUGAAGCCAAUAAACGCUGCUCUGUCGUGGAAAGAGAUAGCCAGAGGUGUGAGCUGUUGUUGGCGGACACAACUCAGCAGGUGCGGGUGCUGCUGAUCGAGCUGGAAGAAGCUCGUGGAAACCAUGUAGUUCAUGAGGAUGAGGUGAGCUCAGCUGAAGUCUGCAGCUCUUCAGACGUGAUAAGCCAGCACUUGGUGACCUUCCACAGUGUAGAGGAGUUGCAAAAGCAGAACCAGCGACUCCUGGUGGCACUUCGAGAGCUUAGCGAAGCCCAAGAGAAAGAAGAAAUGGAAGCUUCUGGCAAGAAGUUUGUUGAACAAGAGGAGAAUUUGGUGAGACUCAAGGCUGAGCUGGAGACAUUAAAGGAACAACGCAGCCAACAGAUGAAGGUUGCAGAGUCUGUAGCUAAGCAGAGGGACAUGUACCGUGCACUCUUGGCUCAAACUACAGGAGUCAGCUUCUCUCAACAAGGAACACCUCCUGAGGAGUUCGCGCUGACGUCCACUCCCUGGCGUUCACCAGCAACCACACCCACUGCAGGAACACCCACUGCACUCAUGUCCAUGGGAACAGAAUCUGCUGAAGGGCUCGAAGCCAAGGUGGCUCUACGACAGUUGCAGGAGGUAUUUUCCACGUAUAAGAAGGAGCGUGUAGAGAGUGACAAGGCACUGAUGGAGCAGAACGAGAAAUUGCAGGAGCAACUUGCUGACCUCCGGUCACAGAAUGCCAAGAUUUCCACCCAGCUAGAGUUUGCUUCGAAAAGGUACGAGAUGCUGCAGGACAACGUUGAGGGCUACAGGAAAGAGAUUGCUUCACUCAGGGAAAAAGAACAAAAGAUGACCACUGCUGCGCAAAAGAGUGAGCAUAGUUUGCACAAUUUAAAUGAGGAUCUACGAGCUGCCAAGGAGAAACUCGCCAUGGCUGAGAAUCAAGUAGAAAGCCUGCGUAAGGAGAGAGACAUGCUGAAGGUGGUGGAGUUCAGGCUGACUCAAGAGAGAGAGACAAUGCAGAGUCAACAACAGAGCCAGACUCUACUGCUGACCAACCUCCAGGCAAUACAGGCCACUCUAGAGCGUUCAGAAACUGAUAGUCAUCAGCAUCUGAACAGUCAGUUGGAGAAGCGGGAAAGAGAGAUCUCUCAGCUGCAGAAGAGGCUGGAGCACGAGGUGGAAGAGCGCCACCUGCUUAGCAGAAACCUGGAGAUCCAAGUGAUGGAAGCCAAGAGACAGUUGGAGGCUCAAGUAGCCUUAUACCAGAAGACCAAGGAGCUGCUAAAUGCUGCCGAGCUGGAGAUUGAGACCCUAAAGCUUCAGCAUGGCAGUACUGGCACACGGCUCAGCUUGAGCUCCCCACCUACACCCAUUGUCAGAGGUCCGCCACCUUCGCAUCAGGAGAGAGAAGAUCUGCUGUGCCGCCUGCAGCUGGCUGAAACACAUGCUGAAGAGCUGGAGGAAAGCCUCAAGGCAGCCAACUCCAGCAAGGAGCAGUACAGAGCCAUGGCUCAGAGCCUGGAGGACUCUCUGGACAAAGAAAAACAGGUAACAGAGGAGGCACACACUGCUAUUGAAACUCAUAUCAAGAAUGCUGAGGAGCAGUACCGGCAGUUGGAGGCGAAACUUCAGGAAGCAGAAAAACAGAAGCAAAACUUGGAGGAGGAAAAUAGGAGAGCUGUGGCCUCUCUGGAGGAGCAGAUGAGUAAUCUAAGGAGCACUUUGAGCAAUGCUGAGGCUGAUCACCAGGAGGCGCUACAGAAACUGGCAGUAGCUGAAGCCCUUCAGCAACAGGCUGUACAAGACAGACAUGAGCAGGCUAAGCUGGCAGCUGAGGCGCAAGAUAAGUAUGAGCGGGAAAUGAUGCUGCACGCAGCAGAUGUGGAGGCCCUGCAGGCUGCUAAAGCUCAAGCCCUGCAGGCUGUUGAGCUCAAACACCAGCUAGAGGAAAAAGCCCAGAGAGUCAGUGCUGAGCUGCUGGAGGCCAGAGUUUCCUGGGAGGAGCAGGAAAAGAUCCUCAAGGAGGAGAUGGCCAAGAUGGAGAGACGACACGAAGAGUUGCAGCGUCAGAACACACUCUUGCAUGAGCAGAUUCAGACAAUGAGCAGCAGGAUGGCUGACAACUUGAAACGAGUGGCUAGUCUGAAACCAGUUAACGUUCCUCUCGGUGAAGAGGGAAAAUCUCAAGAUCAAGUCCUUGAAAUUCUGAGGUUUGUGCGUCGAGAGAAAGAAAUUGCAGAGUCACGUUUUGAGGUAGCACAAGGGGAGAGUAUGCGACAUCGCCUCAGGGUGGAGCACCUGGAGCGUGAACUGAAGGAGACACAGGAUGGCUUGAGUGCUGCAAAAGAGAGGAUGCAGGUGACUGCAAAGACACUGGCUCAGCACAAUGAACUGAUGAAAAAGACAGAAACCAUGAGCAUCCUGAUGGAAACCAACAAGAUGCUGAGAGAGGAAAAGGACAAAAUGGAACAAGAGCUGCAGCAAGUCCAAGCUAAGGUGCAAAAAUUAGAAUCUAAUAUUAUGCCAAUGCAAGAGGCCAACUAUGAGCUGAGUGAGAAGAGCGGUAUGCUCCAAGCAGAGAAAAAACUGCUGGAAGAUGAUAUAAAGCGUUGGAAAGCUCGGACGCAGCAUUUGGUGACCCAACAGAAAGAUUCUGAUCCAGAAGAGUACAAGCGGCUGAAUUCAGAGAAAGAGGCACAUGUCAAACGUAUCCAGCAGCUCACUGAGGAGAACAGCAAACUCAAAGCUGAGAUAAUCAGGACCAGUACUGUAACAACAUCCAUGCAAACCCAGCUCCAAAAUGCACGUGAAGGAAUGAAUAAGUUGUGUGAAGAGAGGAAUCUGCUAAAGAAGGAAGUAGAGACCAAGACCGCAGAACUCCAGGAGAAGCUGCGAACUAUAACUCAGGUCAAAAAGAUCGCACGGCGCUAUAAGACUCAGUAUGAUGAGCUCAAGCUGGAACGUGACAAGUUGGUAACUGAGGCCAACAGCAGGCCCGUCACAAGACGAGGAGCUCGUCAAGCUUCGGUCCAGGAACUGCAGACCGUUAGAGAUUCCCUGAGUCAAGAUGAAGCCAGGACCAGGGAGCUGGAGGGACAACUGGAUUGUGUGCUAUAGGAGCGUGCUGAGCGUGAUGCUGAGGUGCGCACUGCCCAUGAGCAGUCAUCCCGACUGCAGGCAGAAUUAAGCAGAAUGAGGCAGGAGUUGCAGGAUAAAGCUUCCCAGGAAGAGUCACUUAGACAGCAGAUGACUGACAAGGAAGAGAAAAAGAAAGCCAUUGUGUUGGCCAAGCAGAAAAUCAAUCAGCUCAUGGUCAAUAAAGAUCAGCUGCAGAAGGAAAACGAGGAGGUGAAGCAUCAGUGUGAUGAGCUGGAGGUUCGGAUAAGUGCUCUCAAGUCCCAAUAUGAGGGGCGUUUCAGUCGACAGGAGAGGGAACUCAGAGACCUGCGAGGCCAGCAGGAGAGACAGGAGCAGAGAGAUGAGCCGACUGAAGUAGGUCCCAGCAAGACCCAAGAACCACAGAGGAGCUCUGCAAGACAGAUCUCCUUGAAACUACUCCAACAGCAGGACCGUGGCAGUACCAGCACCUCUGAGCCUCCCACUGCAAAUAUUAAACCAACACCUGUAGUGGCGACAGCUAGCAGCAGCCUGUCCAACCCAGGAAACAAGCCCACUCCAAGGGCAAGCAUCAGGCCUAUGAUCACCCCAGCGCCUGUACCCACUCCAACACCCACUGCCACUGUUAUGCCCACCACACAAGUGGAGACUCAGGAAGCAAUGCAGUCUACUGAAAGUCCCCCAGUGGAGCAUGUUACCGUGUACGGCAGUGCCAGUGGUUCAGUACGCUCCGCUAGCCCCAAUGUCCAGACUACGUUGGCUAAUCCGACGCCUGUGCAGCAGUCCCAGAUUCAGGCCACGGCAUUUGUCCAACCAACACAGCAACAGAGCAUGACUCAUGCUGAGCCAGCCAAUCAGGAGCAGACACCUGUGGUCAUCGAAGCCACACCGAGCUCACAGGUGGAAUGGCCUGCAACACUCCCCUCCUCCACUGUGUUUGGAACAGUUUCAGCAACACCAGGAACCUCUAUGUCAAAACGGCCUCGUGAGGAGGAAGACAGUACCGCCACCAUGGUCACUGACACUGACACGUCACUGGACGACAGCUCCAGGGCUCCUAUAACUAAGAAGCUGCGCAUUAUCCACAGAGUCGACCCAGAGGAGGAAGUGCCGCUGGAAGACAAUGCUGAAGCAGAAGGAGUGGUGCCAGUAGAUAGUCAAGCUUGCCAAGAUGACAGCCAUGUUGUCUGCACUUGUGUAAUGACACAGGACUUUAAUGAACUGGAGGAAGUGGAUGAGAGUGGACCCUCUGAGUACAACCCAGUGGAGCAAGAUGUUAGCCUGACUCAGAGCAGCACCCUUGAUCAGCCGCAGCAGGAUGUAAUUGUCAUAGUAACGGACACAGAGAGUGAGAAUGACCAGGAGGAAGAAGUAGAGGAAGAUGAGGAGGAGGAGGAAGAACAGGAGUAUGAUGAUGAGGAAGAGGAGGAGGAGGAAGAAGAGGAAGAUGAGGAGGAAGAUGAUGGCGGGAUGGGGGAUGAAGGCGAGGACAGUAAUGAAGGGAGCGGGGACGGCAACGAGGCUUACGAAGGAGAUGACACAGAGGGAGCUGAUGUAAUGGACCCGGGUUCAGAGACUGAGGAGAGUCUGGGGGCGUCUGACUCCACCCAGAGGCCAGCUGACUCACAGACAUCAGGCUAUGAGGCCACCACAAUGGAGGCUUUUUCCACUGAGCAACCCAUCACCAGCUCUGGUUCACGCAUGCCUCAGUCGCCACGGAGACCAGCGCACCAGCUACCUCCCCGCCUGGACAUCCACCCAGCUACAACAUCAGAACUGGGGCCGCCCGCUCAGGUUCAGCUUAACCCUGUUCGUCGGCUAUCAGCGGGCCGAGUCCCUCAGCUUACAUCGGGCAUGCCUGGCAGUUCUCAGCACUUCUUUGACGAUGAUGACAGAAUGGUUCCCAGUACUCCCACUCUGGUGGUGCCUCAUCGCUCUGAUGGCUUUGACCAGGCCAUACAUUCUCCCCAAGUUGCUGGUGUGCCACGCUUCAGAUUUGGCACCUCAGAGGAAGUGCCACAGACGAGCUCCUCUUCCCACUCUGAUCUGGGACAGCUUGCAUCGCAUGGAGGUCUUGGGAUGUAUGAUAGUCCUCUGUUCCUAGCGACUCAUGAGGAAGAGUCUGGUGGACGUAGCGUUCCCACGACUCCACUGCAAGUAGCGGCUCCAGUAACUGUGUUCUCUGAGGUCGCUCAGUCUGAUAGCACAGAACAUGCGUCCCAGUCAGUCCCGACAGUGAGCACGUCCACACCAGGUCUGGUUAUUUUAGGAGCCACUGGUACAGCGGACGACAGAGACGUGUUUCUGGAGCCAGACACAGAAAGGUGGGGAGAGGAAGGGAGGCCCAGUGCUGAUUUGUUAGUGGAUCCUGUGGCGUCUCAGGGGGAAAUAGAGGAGUCGAGCCAGCCGUGUGACAAGGCCAGCCUCCCGUCAACAAGCCAGGAGCCCUCAUCCAGCUCUGCAGAUACAAGCAGCGGCCCACCUAAACCAUCUAGACCUGGACCCAGCAGACAGUUACAGCGAUGGCCAGAGAGCCGCCGGGGCCGCGUGAAGAGAGGAGGACAAGCAUUUCCCUCUCGGGGUUCGCAUGGGAGAGGAUUCUCCAGAUGAAUGUCACUAACAUCGGCCAUCGUCUGUAAAGAUUGACAACCAUAAUCUGGUGAUUUCACAUUCCUGUCUAGCACACGUGUUUGUUUGGAAUCCUGUCGUGUGUCUCUGGGUUUGUUUUAUAUAUAUACAUAACUAGAAAGUAUCAUUGUGAGCAUAAUUCAAGUGUAAGCAGUGAGUUUUACAAAGAAAAGUAAAAAUUUUGAAACUGAAAUAAAGAUGAAUGUUGACUGAU